AUGACUAGAUGGGGGCUUUGUCCUUCAGACUGGGAUCGUUCGGUGUGCAACCCGAGUGAUGCAGCUUGCCAGUGCCAUACUCCUGAAGGUAUUGCCGGAGUAUGCGCCAGCAUCGGCCUCGAGAACGCCGCGGGUGCACUGGCUGCAGUCAUGCAUUUCGGUGCGGUGAAGUACAUCUUCGCUGUUGGCAUAUUGGCGGCUGGUCAAGCGAGUACUCUCACCGGUACUUUGGCUGGCCAAUACGUGAUGGAAGGAUUCAUGAGGUGGAAGAUUCCAAUGUGGUUCCGUGUGCUCAUCACUAGAACGAUCGCACUAGGACCGGCCCUAGCAUUCGCUAUCCUGCAGGGUGAAAUCAGAGCCAUGAAUGGAGUCAACGCGUGGUUGAACAUUCUUCAGUCGAUUCAGCUUCCGUUCGCUUUGUUGCCAGUGCUGCACUUCUCGAUGAGCCGUGAAGUGUUGGGAAGAUUCGUCAUCGGCCGCUUCUGGACAGCCGUAAUGUGGAUUCUUGCGUGCCUAGUAAUUGGUGUCAACUUCUAUCUGGUUAUUGAGACUAUCAUCCCUCUGAAUUGGCCAUGGUACGUUUGGGCAAUCCUCGCCAUCGUGGCAUGCCUCUAUCUUUGGCUGUGCAUUUCUUGUGUCAAGGAAGAUCUGAUGGGUGCCGCUAGGAAGGUUUUCGGUCGAUGUGCUGCUUCCAUAGAAUCAAGACUUUUCGUAUCCGGUAUUCACUGUGUCCAAUCUACUUUUGUUUUGUACAUAUCUUGGCGUACGUCAUGCGGAUCGCAAAAACUGCCUCGUCUUAUGAAGUUCGGAUCUUAG